AUGAGUCGUGUUCGCUCAUGCCGUCGCCUUUCCCAUCGUCCCUCCUCCGCCUUUCCACCCGCCACCACUCCCCCCAUCUUCCGCCCUUUCCCCACCUCGUCCUCUCCGAAUUCCUCUACAGAAUCGGCGGAGGGCCGGAGCCUCCCCUCGUCCGCGCAAGCAUCCAGCGAACCGCCCGCAGGCUCCGCCCCUCCCGGUUCGCGUCUAACUUUCUCCCUUCCGCGCCAUGAAACGCUGGCAACUGAAGCGGAAACGGCAGCUUUUUACAGUGCUGGGGAAGAGGGGAACGUUGCGGGGACGUUGGGGGAGGAAGGAUUAUGGUGGGGCGAAGGGAAGGGUGUGUGUUUUCUUCGAAGUAAGCCGUCGCAGCUGUCGCUUUCCUUCCCCAGCGACGGCGCGGUCGCGCGGUGGGGUCCAAGCUGGCGAUCCGUCGCACAGCCGCUACGACUGAGCGCCCUGAGCGGGCUGAGCGGUCUGGGAGCGCUGAGCGCGCGACAGAAGGUGGAUGGCGAGAUCGGCUUUUGUUCUGAUCGAACGGCGAGGGUUGGUCGCCUGAGGGGCGGUGGUGGAUUAGCGGCGCGAUGCCUGGGACAGAGAGCAGAAGGGGGAGGAGAGAGCGCUGACGUGGCAGAUGGGGAGACGACAGCUCAGCUGGAAAAAUCGCCUCUGGCGGACGAAUCAGUGGCUGCCACGUGUAUCAACGCCAUCCGCAUGCUGGUGGUGGACGCGGUCAACGCGGUCAACGCGGGCCACCCCGGGUCCGCCAUGGGCCUCGCGCCACUUGGCGCGCUGCUAUUCGCCGAGGAGAUGCGCUUCGACCCCGCCGAUCCCGCGUGGCCCAAUCGCGACCGCUUCAUCCUGAGCAACGGCCACGUGUGUCUGCUGCAGUACUGCCUGCUGCACCUCACGGGGUAUAAUCUCCAGAUGGAGGACCUGAAGCGGCUGGCGAAGCUGGGGAGCAAGACGCCUGGGCACCCCGAGAACACUCUCACUCCGGGGAUAGAGGUCACCACAGGCCCCCUGGGGCAGGGAUUUGCGAAUGCGGUGGGGGUGGCGGCAGCCGAAGCGCACCUGGCUGCUCGCCUCAACUCCGUUGACUUCCCUGACCUCAUUGACCACCACACGUUCGUUGUAUUUGGCGACGGCUGUGCGAUGGAGGGCGUGGUGAACGAGGCAGCGUCACUGGCGGGCCACUGGGGGCUGGGGAAGCUCAUCGCCUUCUACGACUCCAACCAGGUCACCAUAGACGGCAGCACGGCCCUCGCCUUCUCAGAGGACGUCCUGGGUCGCUUCGCCGCGCUGAGGUGGCACGUGCAGCGAAUCACACUCCACGACGCCGCUGACCUGGACGCUCUUCGCACCGCCAUACAAGCCGCCAAGAGUGAAACCCACAGGCCAUCAGUCAUUCAAGUGGACACGGUGAUUGGGUUUGGUUCGCCCAAGAAGCAGGGCACCAGUGCGGCCCACCAUGGGGCGUUUGGAAAGGAGGAGACGGAGGCCAUUAAGAAGGAGCUGCACUGGCCUUACAACGAGCCAUUUACUGUUCCCGAGGAGGUUUACAGGGUCAUGCAUCAGGCGGCUGCGCGCGGCCAAUCAGCGGCUGCCAGCUGGAGGGAUCGGGCGGCGCAGUACCGCCAGCGCCACCCGGACCGGGCGGCGCUUUUGGACGCACUCACGGUGCCUGGGCGGCUGCCAGCUGGCUGGGAGGACUCGCUGCCGCACUUCGAACCAGCAACUCCUCCCGAUGCUACGCGUGGUUACUCAGAGGCGUGUCUCAACGGCCUCGUGCACUCGCUGCCCAACCUGCUGGGCGGCAGUGCUGACCUGGCAUCCUCCAAUAAGGUGUCAUUCCACGGCCUGCCGGACUUCUCCCGGGACUGCUUUGAGGGGCGCAACUUCCACUACGGUGUGCGCGAGCAUGCCAUGGCUGCCAUCAGUUAUUUUUCCUCAACCCUCUUCCUUCAACCUGCCUCCCAUGGCUCUCUCCCCCUCUUAGCAACGGGCUUGCCCUGCACUCACGAGCGCUCAUCCCAGUAG